UCACAAGCCGAGGGUCAUCGGCCGGCGCGCUCCCCAGUGUCACGGCGGCUGCUUACUGGAUCACACGUCGACCCUCCGACCCGAAAUGCGAUCUGUAUAUCUACUGCUGUGUAUACCGGCCGUGUGCCUCGCCUCCGUCCGCGAGUACAGUGAGGAGCGAGCGAAGAUGGUGCGAAACGAGGCGAGGCUAUCGCUCGGGGGGAGAUCCGAGCUCACAGACAAAGAGAGCGCCGUCAACGACUGCCUGAUGCGACACAAGUUCAGAGAGAUCGAUUACGGCUUCGAUAACCCCAGAUACUACAAUUUCUCGCAUCACUUCUUCGAAUAUAUGCGCGAUAUCGAGCUGUCGAAAGUGUAUAGAAUUAUCAGGGACAUGCCCAAGGGUGCGGCGUUGCACGUCCACGAUAUGGGCAUCUUGGGACCGGACUACGUCGUGAAUAUUACCUACAUGGAUCACCUGUACGUCUGCUUUCAGGACGGCGACGUAAAGUUCAAAUUCUCCAACAAGUCGCCCAAAGACAUUUGCGCCAACAAGUGGGAGCUCAUGAGCAACGCGAGAAAACUGUCUCGAAACAUUACAGAGUUCGAUGCGAAAAUCCGAGCCUAUUUCACGAUGUACACCGACGACCCUGGCGCAGUAUAUCCAACGAUUAAGGAAUCCUGGGGGGUGUUUCUGAAAUACUUCGGCAGAAUCCUCCCCCUCGUCACGUACAGGCCGGUGUGGGAGCAAUACUUCUACGACGUCCUGAAACAAUUCCGAAGCGACAACGUAAUGUACGUGGAAGUGAGGAGCCUGCUUCCUAACUUGUACGAGCUGGACGGGACGGUGUUUCCAAUGCUUGUGACGGCAAUGGCUUACAAGAAAGCGAUUCAUAGAUUCGUGAGGGAUUAUCCUGAUUUUUACGGUGCGAAACUGAUAUUCGCUCCGUCGAGAAGAAUCGAUAUACCCAAGUUAGAAGAAUACUUGCAACUGGCCCGCGCGAUCAAGGAGGACAUGCCGGAAGAAUUUGCGGGUUUCGACCUGGUCGGUCAAGAGGAUGCGGGGAAACCUCUGAUAGAAUUCGUGCCGCAGCUUCUUGAAGCAUCUAAGGACUUGGAUUACUUCUUCCACGCCGGAGAAACUAACUGGUACGGGACAUUGACGGACGACAACCUCUAUGACGCCAUUCUUCUGGGAACGAAAAGGAUUGGCCACGCGUACGCCCUGCCAAAGCACCCCUUACUCAUGGAUGAGGUGAAGAAGAGGGGUAUCGGUAUAGAAGUGAACGUCAUAUCCAAUGCUGUUCUAUCUCUAGUGCGGGAUGUAAGGAAUCAUCCUCUAAGCAUAUUCCUGGCUAGGGAUUUACCGGUGGUGUUGUCUAGUGAUGAUCCUGGCAUUUGGGAGGCAGAUUCACUAUCUGAUGACUUCUAUGUUGCUUUUGUCGGUGUGGCCAACCGUUUAGAAGACUUGAGAGUAUUGAAACAGCUGGCCCUGAAUUCUUUGAUGUAUAGUGCGUUGAGUGGAGCAGCCAAGACUGAAGCAAUAGUGAAAUUCAAUGCACAAUGGGACCAGUUCAUUAAUAACUUCGAUUGCUCAAGGUAUUAAAAUGUUAUGUAAAUUAUUGUAA